AUGAACGGUAGCGGGGGGCAGAAUGUCCAAGACCAACCUGAUCCUGACUUCAUCAAGAUGUUCGUCGGCCAGGUGCCGAGGAGUAUGGACGAAGCCGACCUCACCAAAAUGUUCUCCGAGUUCGGGAGGGUCCACCAGAUCAACGUACUCAGGGACAAAGUGACGGGACAGAGCAAAGAGUUGGCCGAGGAAGGAACAACAUGUUCCCACUCGGGGUUAGCGAGUGUCGGAUUUAUGGCUGGUCGGGGGUGGCGAAGUGUAGGGGGUGGCGAAGUAGGGGGUCUGGAGGGUAUGGUAAUUCUAUCGAUUGUCUUCUGGGUCCAAGAUGGUAACGACUGGUUGAAAUCUUUUCGGAUCCAGGCAGCAAUCGAACAUGGGUCGUCUCUGUACAGAUUACUGUAA